GCAUUUUGUAUUGGCACAGCAGACGACUCCGGAUCGCACCGAACAUUGUCGUUCGCUCUUAUAUGCCGGGCAGUCAAGGGGAAAUUCAUUCCGGCAGAAUGAUGUUCCAUUCCUCUACAUAGCUGAAAUUAUUUGGCCCUUAAUAGCUAAUCAUCAAUUGCAUGUGACUAUAUCGAUCUCAUCCACGUAUAAGAGCAGUCAGCUACCCCCAUCUACACCAUGGACCCUUACGAAGUGGACGACGAGCCACGGAUGGUGACCCGUAACCCGAUGCUCAUCCCUUGUUUCCUCGCCGUCGACUACCUCUGCAUGGCUGGCGUGGUCGUCCUCUGGUUCGUCCUCCUCUUCACAGAGAACCUUCCUGGUCCGUUCCAUCGUGGUUUCUGGUGCCACGAUCGGAACCUGAUGAUGCCCUACUUGGAGGACGAUGUCUUCACUGAAGAAGUACUGUAUGUAGCCUGUUUUGCUGCUCCGCCCAUUAUGAUCCUCUACGGUGAGUGUAUGCUGGCCCUCUGUUCGUGCAAGAAGACUCCACCGGAGAUGAAAGUUGGUAGAAGGAAGGUCGUCAAGAGUUGCUCGCUUAAGCUCUACCCCGUCAUCAGAAGAAUGUUCAGAUUUACGGGUGUCUUCGCCUGUGGGGCCUUUGCCACAUGGAUCGUUACUGAUGCAGCUCAAAAGGUCUCUGGGAUACAAACACCGUACUUCUUGACCAUCUGUAGACCAAACUAUACAGCACUAGACUGUCGAAGGUUCAUCACUGAUUAUGAGUGUACAAAACGGGAUGAUGAUCUCUUGAAACAAGCUCGGUUGUCAUUCCCAUCUCUCCAUGCAUCUCUAGGCUCAUAUGCUGCAGUAUUCUCUACGGCCUACAUGACCAGUCAAGUCAGUAUACCCUGUACGAGACUGCCCAUCCCACUGGCUAGCCUAGGUCUCCUGUCUGGAGGGUUCCUCUGGGGUGUCACCAGGGCAUCUAGGUAUCGACAUCACUGGAGUGAUGUAGCCGUUGGUUUCCUGUUGGGCAUGGUGGUGGCGCUCUACUUGGUGUUUGCAGUUCUGGCAUGUUUUGAAGAGCGCCCUCAAGAUGACCCAAACAACCUGCCAAGGAAAUCACCAAGUCCUAAACGAUCAUCACCUCUUUCCCUGAUCAGACUGCCGAGACUAAGGGCGUGUAAUGGUCAACAUCCUGCACAAAAUGGCCAUGCGACUUUCCACAACCCCUCUUUUGUCGGCGAUAGUUUAAGGAGAGACUACUAAAUGUCAUCGUAUUAUGUCGACUGGUGUGAUAUAAAAUCAAUAUAUAUAUAUCAAGUGUAUAAGCUCUUGGUAGAUAUCUAGUACGUACAUAUAAAAAACGUUGACUAAAACUUUUGCACAUUGCUAUUCAUUAUGAACUUUACAGUAGUUGUUUUAACAGUUUAAACAAGUGUUUGAAAUUUUACAUAACUAAGUUUAAUAUUUAAUAUUUAAUCAUCAAUAAAUUAACCAUGGUUUAAACUGUUUAAACAACUACUGUAUAAGGUUUAUAUAAUAAACAGCUUGUAAAAUUUUGAACACCGUCUUUACACUGCAGUGAUGCGACGAUGUACACUCUUAAAAUAGUUGGGCAAAAAAUGCCGAACUCUUAACCAACCCUGGGCAACAUAGUGUCCACACAAGACAGUAUUGGUUAACUUAGGUGAUAAAAACUAAUAAUUGGGCAAUAAAUAUGCUCAAUAUGAUAAUUGUCCAAAAUAUAUAUAUAUAUAUUUUACCAACGUACAUUACCCAACAACACAGUGGACAGUAUGUUGCCCAACAUCUUAGAUGUGUGUAUAUUUUAUCGUAGGCCUAUACUGCAUGCUAAUAUUGAUGGUCAUGAUGAUUGCAUAUGAUUUGUGAUGGGAGAAUAUCCUCAUCCUUACAAGAUAGAUUAACGGUUUAUUACUUUUAAUUGAUUCGUUCAUUAUUUUACUUUCAUUCAAGUAUAUAGCAAUAUUUAUUUCUUUUCAAUCUAAUUGAAGGAAAAUUAGUCCUUUUAAAAAAAAGAUUUAAUUAUUUUAUUUUAGAGUCGGCAUAAUAGAAUUGGUAUACAGUUCAAGUUAUAAACUCUGGAUCGAUAGGCAUAUUAAUCUUGCCAUUUGAUAUUUAUGCAUUUCGACUAUGACAUUGCGCCCUACCCCCCCCCCCUUCUUUUCCUUUUUCAUUAUCCCCCUUCCCCUCCCCUCCCCCCCCCCCCCUUCUCGGGUCUCCCCUCCCCCUCUCUUACAAUCUAUAUUUUGUCACGUAAACUCAAACACCGUUACACACAAAAUCACCGUUAAAAGUAUUGUACGAUAAACGUGUACAGCAUGUGUAUUUAAUCUCUUUUUCACAAAACCGUUAUAUACAUUACAUAUUGAUAUGUAAAUAAGAUAGUCGAUAUGUCUCUUACCCAUUCGGAUUUAUUUUUGUAUGGUAUUAUAUGAAUUGCGAAAAUUCUAUGUUUGCAAAUUCGUCAAUUUCAUCAAAUCAUAAAAUGUUAUAACAAUGGCAAUUUAAUAUGUUUAGGGAGGAAUCAAGAUAAAAUGCAAAAGAAAUUUGUGAUAGGGAAAUGUACUUUUCACAUCUCUACAUUGACAAGGAGACGAAGAGAAACUUUAAAUGAGAUAAUUUUCCUAUUUCUUAACUUAUCUGAUUAAAAAAAUGAGUUUCAAGAUUUGGUUGAUUUCUCUUCAUUUAGGUCAACCUUUCUGCUGGGGUAGACUCAAAUUAAUUGUAUUUAUCAAUCAAUCAUAAAACUACAAAUAUAUAAAGUUUAUUUGAACGGUAACAUUGGAUUGGGAGCGCCUGGAAGUUUUUUUAAAAGUUUAGGUUAAAUACAAAUCGAUAUAAAACAUACAAAAGAGUAAACAAUAUAAUUAUAACAACAUUGAAAUACAUUGCAAAAACAAUGGGCUAAUAUAGGGGAAAUAAACAAACAAACAUGAAAUUAUGAUUAUAAAUCUAUAGUGACCUACAGUGUGCUAUUGGCAGGAUUUUCAUAUAGGGAACAACUUCAUCUUUCAGAAGUUUUUUAUUUGUUUAUUUGGAGUUUUACUUUAAUAUCAUUAUUCAAAUCAUUCCGUAGCUUGAUUCCUCUACAACGUAGAGAAUAUGGGGUAAUUUUAGUAUUGGAAGAUAUUGGUGAAGAUCUGCUGAAUGACGCGUGAAGUAUGAAUGGUAAGAGGUGUUUGUGUUAAAAAGAUUAUUAAAAAUAUUUGGCAAGAGAUUUAAAUUAUAGUUGUACAUAAAUAUAUAAGUAUACAUAGGAAACAGCUCACAUGUUUUCAAUAUUUUACAAUCGAGAAAUAACUUGUUUGUGUGACUAUUAAAAUGUGCAUUACAAACCGUUCUUAUUAACCGUUUCUUAAUCAGAAAUAACUUAUGUAAAUGUGUUUUAAAUCCAUUCCCCAUAGCAUACAACAAUACGUGGGAUGGGGUGAACGAAAGUAUUAUAUAGUGAAAAUAAAACAUGUCUGGGUAUAAUAAACUUCAGUUUGCGGAGAACACCAGUACUUUAUUUUGAUGAGCGAGUACAUAAAUCAUCAAUAUGAGGUUUCCAGGGUAGAAAUUAAUUUAUUUUGAUACCUAAAAAAUUAUAUUUGAUAACUGGGACAUAAUCUUGCCAUCCAUAGUUAACUGGAGGAAUGUCAGUACCAUUUUUUUUUCUUUUAAACAGUACAAUUUUGUCAAGGUUCGGUGACAGUUUAUUGCAUUGAAGCCAGAAUUACGAUUUUAAGAGGUUCAAUAUAUAUGGUAUCAAUGAGAGAAGUAAUAUUUCUGUGAGAAAGAGUAAUACUUGUAUCGUCAGCAAAGAGUAUGAAAUUAAGGAUUGAGGAACAAUUUCGAGGUCAUUGAUAUACAAAGGAAAAAGCAACCAUGAAAACAAAAUUAUAAGAUGGCUAUGUUAAUGUUAUUCCGCGUAUUAAAACUAUUACAGUGAUCGUCAAGCAGUGUGAUAUUAUGCUACUAACUCUCAGAUAUAGAUAUAUAGAAUGGCGAUUUUUGUGCAAUUUUUUUACAGAUAUUCAAUUCAAUCGAAAUAAUUAUGAUCAAAAAAUGUGAUGAAAUGUUCUUAUCCCAAUAUCAUGAAUAUUGUCUGUUGCAACACAUAUUUAGUGAUAUAUCUGACUAUUGCAUGGAGUGAUACAAUAAACUCAAUUUUAC